UGCCUUUUCAAACGUUGUAACCCCCAAAAUACAAAAAAGUCUAGACUACAAAAUAUAUACUUUUAAAUAAUGCAACAAAAUUUACUUUGGUAAUAAUGCUGUUGCCCUUAAAGAACUCUCAGUCCGCCGAAGACGACGCGAACCCGAAUGUUACCCUUCUUAAGCGCCAGAUAGCCGAGAAUGGAACUAAAACACAGGCGCUGUUGCUUCAGGCGUUCCGCUUCGAGUUGCUUAGUGACGCCAAUGGGUACCCGCUCCUCCAGGAUCAGCUCCAGCGAAAGCCAGUCGGCAGGAGUCACUAAACCGGAUCUGGAACCCAUAACCUCCCCUACAAGCUCCAAUACCCCGGAGAAACCGAAAAGGUCCAAGGGGUUAUUUUCCUUUCUGUUUGGAAAACGAGUCGGUAAGUCCAAGAAGGAGGACGAUUUUAAGAGCAACCACUCUUCUUUCGAGGAGCAAGAUGUCCGGAAGCUAAUUCGCCUCUACUGCAAACAUGACAACCUGUACAACCCUAUGAACCUCUACUUUGGUAACCAGGACAUCGACGAGGACUGCUAUAAUGAUAUGAUGCGCUCUUUUCCGGGGAAAAGCAGCUCGCAACUGAGAUCCUGUAUUGAAGAGCUAAGGAUGCUGUUCGAGCGGGAAUAUACCAUUAUUGAGAGAGCCCGGAGGAAGUACGGAGAGGUACUGACGCCUUCUAUUCGAUACUACAACGAGUUUCUUUUUCUGGUGCCCCAUAUCCGCGACGAUUUUGAUAAAGACAUUCCCCUCAGAGGAACCAGCUUGCUGUCCGCCAGAAUACGUCCUUCCACGGAUCUAAAAAACCAGAUGGCCACCACGGAUAUGUUGUGCCAAAAACUUACUAAUUUCCCAGGUUUUCCUCUAGCUACGUUUCCCGGAAACGUUAUACUAAAGAGGCUUAAGAAAACUAACAGGCAAGAGGAUACCCGGGAGGCCCAGGAGGUGGAUCAGAAUGAAUCGCAGAUCACCGAGCAGGAGAGUCUGGAGAAGGAAAAACCCAGUGAGCAUGAAUAUGAGGUGAAGGAAAACCGCAGUGAGCAGAAAGAAGAGGUGAAGGAAAAAACCAGUGAGCAGGAAAGUCAAGGGCAGGACCAGGAGGAUCAGCAGCAGAAGGUCACGUUUUCGCCUUCAUCAGAGCAGAAAUCCUUAAAUUACAGUGGGGAAGGAUCCAGUCAAAAUAAAACCACCUCCCACAUGUCCACCCAAUCUUCGUACUACGUCAACGAGCAGAGUCUGAAAACCACCGACUUGACCUGCUCCUGUCGAUCGGAAACAUUAUCGGAUUCCCCUCAAAAACCAGUUGCCUGCCCCUGGCGACAGGCAAACACGCCUUGUGUGCCCCAAUGUCGAGGAGCAGUUUCAAGUUCCACCCAGAAGUACAUUGCUUGCCCCUGGCAAGCGCAAACUCCACCUCCCUCCUCCGAAACUAAAGUAGAUUCCAAGGAAUCCUGCCCGAAGACGGGUGCCUCGGACGCAACUAAGGCCUCUGUUCAGUCAGGGAAUAAUCAGCAAGUGCAGAUGCUUUGCGAUAUGAUACGAACCGAACUGAGCAAUGCUCCUGAUUUUAUAUAUUUCGAUGCCAAGUGGCGGAUCAUAGAGAUCUUGAGGGAGGUGCACAAGCGGCAGUUGGUCCACCAGAAAGCCAUACCUCAGCAAAGUCCCCAAAGACCGAUGCCGCCUCAAAAGCGAGUCCCUGGAGAGCCCAAAAAACAGAAGUUCAAAUCGGAUAGAAACCCGCAGGAAAAAGGACCUCCGAGGAUUUGCGAUCACCUCAACACCAUGGAAGUGGACGAACUGAUCAGCAGUUCCAAGCUGCUCAAACAUUGGCCAAUUUUCCUCCUCUGUUUGGGGCUGAUUUGGGUGCUUAAAAAGGGGCUUUAUAAGAGGAAUCGAGGCCCAAGAGGGUAUACCUUAAAGGAGCCAGUCGAGGAGGUUGACGACUGGGAGGACGAGGAUGAACUGCAGCCUGCUCUGGAGGAGAAGCCCCAUGUGGCCUUUGUUCCCGGCGAGGAUCUCAAUCCCAAUGGAGCAGAACGCUUCUAUAAGCUGAUCCAAGGACGUCGCAGCAUUCGCUCCUUUAGAAGACACCCCAAGCCGGAUAUCCGCGAUAUAGAGGACUGCAUCCGGGCAGCGGGAACAGCUCCCAGUGGAGCUCAUACCGAACCUUGGACCUACUGCGUAGUGGAGAACGCGGAACUAAAGCAAGCCGUCAGGGAAAUUGUGGAGCAGGAGGAGUUCAUCAACUACACCCAGCGGAUGCAUCUUCAGUGGGUCACCGACCUUCGACCCCUGAAAACCAACCAUGUCAAGGAGUAUCUCACAGAUGCCCCGUAUCUCAUACUGAUUUUCAAGCAGACCUAUGGACUAUCGCAGGCCGGAAAGCGGAAGAGGCACUACUACAAUGAGAUAUCCACUUCGAUUUCGGCUGGGAUCCUUCUGUGUGCCCUCCAGGCUGCAGGAAUCUCUUCCCUGGUCACAACUCCCUUGAACUGCGGUCCUGCUCUGAGAUCCCUCCUCAAGCGCCCCGUUAAUGAAAAACUACUCAUUUUACUGCCAGUUGGGUAUCCAAUAGGAGACUGCACAGUUCCGGAUUUGGAGAGGAAGAACUUGUCGGACUUCAUGGUUCGAUAUUAAGGUUCAUUUACGACUCAGCAUUUUUAAAAAUAGUACAAUAAAGAUAAAUAGAA